ACGCGAGCUGUAACCAUGAUUAAUCAGCAGGAAUCGUUGAAUAUCAGUCACCAGGGUUUAGUAGUUCUACCAGCACAAAUUGCACAGCUGAAAGAUUUAAAGAAAUUGUUCCUAAAUGACAAUCACCUUAUUUUACCCCCUGAUGAGAUUCUGCAGCUCGAUCAGCUUGAGGAGCUCGUCUUGGAUAGAAACCGGUUGACUCUGCUUCCUAACAUCAGCUCACUGAAACACCUGACGUACCUGGGCCUAAACCACAAUCCUUUUACUGUGCUACCCGAGAUCCUGGGAGAUCUGAGUGAGCUCAGAGAGUUUUGGGCUGUAGACUGUGGACUUAUUUCAGUCCCAAGGUCUAUAGGCAAACUCAACAAGCUGACAAAACUGGGUCUGAGUAACAAUGCCCUGAUGAGCUUGCCAGCAGAAUUUGGAAGCCUUGGGAGUCUGCAGUGGUUAAGCCUGGCUAAUAAUAAACUGCAGGACGUUCCUGAGGAAGUGAAGAACCUACAGUCUCUCGUCUUUAUCAACUUGGACGGAAACAGUUUUGACUGUAUUCCAAAAGCACUUACAGAUAUACCAAGUCUGCAGGUUCUUCUUCUCAAGUUUAACAGGAUUUCCUCAGUGGAGGAUGAAUUGAUCCCUGCUUUUAGCAGACUGACAAAACUGGACCUCAGACAAAACCCAUUAACACUCAGACCACAUCACUGGAAGGGUUUAAAUUGUAUAUUGCUCAAUGCCACAGAAGAAGCUUCCAUGAAUGAUUAAUGCUGAAUACACAAAGAACCCCGAAUUGCACCUUGUUUGAUUUUCACAUGACAGCACAGGAGGAACUACACUGAUAUAUGAUGAACUCAUAGGGAGAUUUAAAACGACGUUUUAUUUAUGGUUCAAUAAAACUAUCUAUAAUGGC